AUGACCGAAAUCUACAGAACAGUUUCCACCGGACGAAGAGACGACGUUUCGCCAACUAAAUGCCGUGAGCGCCGCCGACGGAGAAUCGAGAUGCGGAGGCAAGCGGCGGUUUUCGGCGAACCAAGUUCGUCUAAGAACCGUGAAGAGACUAUCUACUCAGGCUUUGUUCCACUGAAAAAACAUGCACGGACGACGACGACGGCGGCGGAGAUGGGCGGUCUCCCGGCGGAUGUCGGAGGUGUCUUUCCUUCUCCGACUUCCUCUCACAAGAAACCGGAAGCUCUAGUUUGGAAGGGAGAAGAGGGAGACGAUGAACCUAUGUACGGAGUAGUUUCGGUGAUGGGGAGAUCACGUAAGAUGGAAGAUACGGUUACUGUUAAACCGAGUUUAUGUGAACCGGAGAUUAACCAGCAAAAACCGGUUCAUUUCUUCGCUGUUUACGAUGGUCAUGGCGGUUCUCAGGUGUCAACAUUGUGCAGCACGACGAUGCACACGUUAGUAAAGGAAGAGCUGGAGCAACCAGGUUGCAAGCUCGAAGGGGGAGGAAACGACGUCGUGGAGGAGAAAUGGCGGGGAGUGAUGAGGAGGAGUUUCGAGAGGAUGGAUGAGCUGGCUAUGGGGACGUGCAUGUGUAGGACCACUGCGUCUCUUUGCCACUGCGACCCAAGGGAAGCUGCGAUUUCGGGUUCUACUGCGGUUGCUGCGGUUUUGACGAAUGGGAAUGUUGUUGUAGCCAAUACUGGUGACUCACGUGCGGUGUUGUGUCGGAAUGGAAUGGCUAUUCCUCUAAGUAAUGAUCAUAAGCCGGAUAGACCAGACGAGCGUGCGAGGAUUGAAGCAGCUGGUGGUCGAGUUUUAGUGGUGGACGGAGCUAGAGUUGAAGGAAUCUUAGCCACGUCGAGGGCUAUAGGGGAUAGGUAUCUAAAACCAAUGGUAGCAUGGGAGCCAGAAGUAACCUUCAUGAGAAGGGAACCUGGUGAUGAAUGCUUAAUAUUAGCGAGCGAUGGCCUCUGGGACGUGCUCUCAAGUCAGCUAGCUUGCGACAUAGCUAGAUUUUGUCUCCGUGAAGAUGCUCCCUCGGGACUUGAUUUGAACGAAACGGCUACGGAAGAUGACAAUGAAGGACAAGGAUCAUCAGGACAGAAUCCUUCAAGGAGUGUGUUAGCUGCAACGUUACUUACGCGGUUGGCUUUGGGUAGACAAAGCAAUGACAAUAUAAGUGUGAUUGUCAUUGAUCUAAAGAAUAGCCCUCCAUAGUACUUGAUGCCAAGGAAUAAGAAAUGGUGAUAUGGCGAUGCGCCUUAAUUAGUUCAAGGGUUUAGCGCUUGUCUCUUGUUUUGUUAUCAAUUGGGCGUACGAAACAUUAACAACGGCGAAUGUGAAGAAGCGAGAAGAAUGGUUUGGACUUCGGGCAUGGACUAUAUAAGGUUCUAUUGUCGUUUUACUAAUAAAAUACAAAUAGUUAAACUUUGAAAAUCUGCUCUCUAAUUGAUGUGGGUUUGUGCAACCAUCUUGAAGUUAUUAGUUAAUUAGUUGGCAUGUGUUUUUACCAAAUUAAUAAAAUAUCAAUGUAGUGCGUUGGGUUGGCGUUUAAGUUCCAUUUGACGCCGGUCUAGACGUAGGCGUCAAUGUACUGUAAAGAUGCUUGAAUUAAGCUAUUAUUUUCUCAAUGGUUAAAUAAACAUUGAAGUAUUAAAGUUAGACUAUACAUCGUGUAGUUUAGUUUAUGGUAAUACCGUUGCUGUGUCACUAUGCAGACUAGAUUAAAGAAAGCAGAUAAAACAAUUUGAGCAAGCCUGACGAAUACCAUGUUCGAAUCUUAAUCAAAAACAAAGCUCUGGAAUCAAGAAUUGUCUCUUUAAAGUUAAAAAGCCGGAGUGGAGAGAAUGUUCAUAAGAAAUAUUCUCAUUUCCUUUUGUUCUUUUCUUUUUGGGCCAUUAUCUGAACCAAGAAUCGUCUCAGUGUUCGUGUCGCACUUUUCUUUGAAUCAUGAUUGUGUUUGUGGGCCUUGGGGCUUUACUCUACGUCUUAUUUUGUUUCAAGAGUAUUGGACCACAAAAAGAGUAAGAAUCAAGAAUCUUGUUUUUUCUUUUGUAA